AUCAUUUACAAGAUAGUGUACGAAGAUUGGCAGCUGGGAGUGUUUGCUGGGUUCAUUACAGAGAGCAUAAGAACUCAUGUUCAAUUUCCAUGGGAUUUUGCAAAUUGGAUGUAUGGAGCUUCUCUAGAUGGAGAUAAUCUCCCAGAUAUAAUUGCAGAAGAAGAAUUUCCCAAUAAGGUUUUGGACUUUGAAUUACCUCUGUUGAUUGGUGCUGGCCUUGGCAUUAUUGCUACACUGCUGUUAGUGCCAAUUACAUUGUGUGUAUGCUGCUGUCGCUGUUGCGGACGGUGUGGUGGCAGCAUUACAUCAGCUGACAUUGGCAAACACAAGAAAGCAUGCCAGAUUGCAAAUGGUGUCAUUUUACUAGCAUGCAUCGGCAUAGUAGGAGCAAUGGCUUUCUGUGUGCCCAUGAGCGUGGAUCGCCUGACUGGCAGCCCGGGCAUUGUGCUGGAGUCGGUUGAAGCCUCCAUCGAGGAUGUCAUCACAUUUCUACACAUGUUUCUCAAGGAUAUUACAGCCGUUGUUCUUCAUAAUGCAAACAGCACAACUGAAGAUGUUAAAACAAGAAUCCUUAGUUUGCCUGAAAGCUUGGCCGGUGCAGUUCUCUUGGACACGGAUGCCCACAUCACAGAUAUCAACACAACUGUGCAGGAUUUCAUAUCUGUGUUGUCAGACAUUUCCAAAAUGGUUCCCAGUGUGAACAUGAGUGUGGUCAAUGUGCUGGGUCACAGCUUGGCUCUGGUCAGCGGGCUGGAUGCCCUGGAUAAUGACCUGCAGACCUUGUAUAACCAGUGUCAGACAGACGGCCACUCGUUCUGUGAUGACCUGCCCCAGGGUGGUGAACAGAGCCUUGAUGUACCCACACAGGAGCUGGAAGAUGUGGUGGACAUCCUACAAACUCUGGUAGACGAGGCUGAAGAUGCUGACCUCCAACAAAUUGUCAACACGACAUCAUCAAUCUUCUCUCUCCUACCGGAGAUGAUCAGAAACUCCAGUGGGGAUGCCUUGUCAAGUGCAGUGUCGACGCUGGACACAGUGCCGGAUGAACUGGACGGGAUGGUGGUGGACAUCCUUCACAACUUUAACUUUAGUUCCAGUGACAUUGGUCUUGAAAACAUGCUGGAACCAGUCAAGGAUGGGGUAGACUUGAUCGAAGACUUCAAACCGAAAGUAUUCCUCGGCUCGGCAGUACUGGGCGGGUGGCUGGGUGUGCUGUGCGUGAUGGUCCUGGUAGGGCUAGUUCUUGGAUUCCUGUGUACGCGUCCAUUUGUUACCAUGGCCCGGCAUGGCAGAUCCAAAGCGGGCCAUUGUGGAUCCACCUGUAUCAUGUGCUCUGUAUACAUCGGGUGCUUGCCCGUCUUCCUGGCCCUUCUACUGGGUUCUGUACUACUGGUGGUCGGGGGCAACCUCGCAGUGAUCUGCCAGCCCAUUGCAGACUACACUGUGUUUCAUAAGAUGGUAGACAGUGGCUGGCUAACAGGUGGACAACCUUUGGGGACAAUGAUCCUGGACACUGACGAAUUCAACAUUUCUACAUAUGAUAUCAUCAAGGAAUGUCGUGCAGGAGGUACACUUCUUUCUACGGUGAACUUGAGCAGUGUACUGGACAUUGUAGACACAUAUAACAUCUCAAAGUACCUGCCGUCUAUUGGACCGGAUUUGGUCAGUCAGGUGAACGACAGUGUCCAGGACCUGGUCACAUUUGACAUCUCUCAACUGACCUCAUUGACCGCAAACCUCACUAUUCAACAGGGGAAGAAUGAUAGCAUCCAGGAGGUGGUAUCCGCCCUGGACACAGCAGACCUCCCUGGCCUGGCAGACAACCUGACUUCUCUAGCCGACAACCUUACACAUCAGGACUACAAGUCAGCAUAUGAGGCCUUGGCAUUGAAUGUUACCUUUCUCCACACCUCACAGGAGGGGCCUCUACGGACCCAACUGGCUACGUUGGAGUCAUUGCUGGAUGAUGUUGAAUUGGCUUUGACAUCCAUGAAGGAGGAUGUAACAAGACUGACAGGCAGUGUUGAGAACAUCACAAACUACAUCACUACAGAGGCAGCCUCUAGUAUCGGUCAGGCUUUGGAUGAAUUCCUAGAGAACCUGACUGAUAUUCCAAUGGCUUUUGCGAAAGACUUAUUAAACACUGUACAAAGUGAGGUCGGGGAAUGCAGCAUCCUAGCAGACAUCUAUGAUACUGUCACUGGCUCCAUUUGUCAUCACUUCUUAAAUGCUUUUAGUGUGUUUUGGGGGUCCCUGUACGUUGCUGGGCUGGUCAGUGUGGUGAUGAUGAUAGCCAGUUGCUGCAUCACCAAGUACUUCAGGGUACCAUCGGAUGAGAGGCGUGUCCGCAUUGCAGCCAACACUGCCACGCCAAUCUCAGGGUCCCCAGGGGCUGAUGUCGUCCUUACCAAAUACCGCCUCCGAAAUGACAACAACAACACCACCACCAACAACAACUGCAGUGCUGAAAACACUCCGCCAAUCUUUCCAAAGUCACAAUGUCAGGUUUUGUGGGAGAAGUGGCACAGGCAGCAUAGGUACAUCACUGGUCCAUUCUCGGCUGGGUUUUUCCACAUGCAGGAGCUGGAGGAGAAGCUGCGAGCAGGAAGGCAGACACCGUCAAGGCGUGAUGUGUCCCUGGACCUUGACCUGCUUCUUGCCAAGAUGGAAGAUGAACCCAGAAGGGGGACAGAUCAGCUGCACAAAGACCAUGCAGACACAGCUCAAGAUCCUGUUGGCUCUGAUGAAGGGAUUUACAAGGACCAUGUUGAAGAAGUGCCAGACAGAACACCUGUAGUAAAAGCAGAGCUUAUUAAAUUAAGGAAUGAGGAAAAAGCAGCUGAAACUACAGUGAAGGGGAAUAGUAAUGCGAACCAGCACCUUCAAGGUACAGAUAUCAUAGGUGUGAGGUCUGACACAAAUUGUAUUGUGUCUGUCAAUAAUCUGGGGAACACCAGUCCAGAAAUAGCUGCUAAGCAACACCAAUCACAACUUGAUUCAGCCAGUGUAACAGGUCUAAAGUCAUUUAGUUUCAAUACUACAUAUGAUGUAACAUGCAUAACAAACACAAAAGAUUUGCCAGAAUUUGCUAAAAGAAAAUUUGAAAAUGAUAAACAUGAAAAUAUUGAUGCUGUACAUGAAGAUGCAAAUAACAGUGGUCUGUCACACCUUGGUAAUUUAGAAAGUGAUGAAGAACAUGAAAAGGAACGAACAGCGGCCAUCCCAAGUGGUCUUUUUAAUACAAAGGAGUACAUGUACACAAGACCACGUAUUUCUUGUGCUCUCUGUAGAAAGCAUGGGCAAAGCUCUGAAAUAACUGGCGCAAACGGGUAUUUUGGAAUAAGAAAAUCAUUAGAAAAUCCUUUAGGCAACUUUUAUGUUGCCAAUGAGUCUUUGAAUCUUAAUAACAACAGUCUAGAUGAUCACGACAUAUGUGAGAACUGCUCCGGACCUGAUCUUGGACAAGAAAGUGAAGUCUGCAAAAGGAAGAUGAAGGAAGUUAGACAAACAAGAAGUGUUCCCUUGAAAAUUCAGGUUUGUCCAUACCCUGGCCAGGUGCGGGCUCGGUCCCCACGUGCUGCUGCACUGUACAGGCGGUACAUAGAGGCCCACUGUGACCCGGUGCAUAUGAAGGUGGCUGAGACUACAGGAAUGGAAUCUCAUGGUGGGAAGAGGUAUUCAGACACAGUAAGAGAUAAUGAAGCUCAGACCUUACCAGUAAAUGAGAAAGAAUUCAAACUUUCAAAGAAAUUUCAAAGUCUUGAAUUGCAAAGGGAGUCAUCAUCAAAGAAUGAGAAGAAAGUGUAUAGAGGUGAUCUGAUCUCAUAUUUGAACACAUCUGCCAUCCCUGACAGAGAUACCUCUUCUUUUUCUACACAUCUUGGUAGAGAUGACAAUCAGAAUCAACAGGCAUGUUCUACAAUUAACUCAGACAAUGUAUGCCUAGUUACCUCUGGCAGUACACUAGACAGUGUUGGUGAACCACGCUUCCCUUCCCCUAGGUCUCUUGCUCUGCUAUCAGCUGAGGCUGUGCUUAGGCCAACUAUUGAAACUAGGCACACUAGAAACCCAACAGCUGCAGCCAUGUGCAUGGACAAAACUCAGGUCACCUAUAUGUAGAUAUUUAUAUACAAUUGUAUAAUAAAAUUGUUAAAGAUAUUAACAUGAGUACCUGAAAAAGUGUUCAAACGGCUAAGUGUACACUAUGAUCGUUUGAUAUACUUUGUAUAUUUCCAAUGUA